AUAAGAUUUAAUCUCCAGAACAGAGACGUAUCUAUUAGAGGAAUUAUUAAGCUGAGAUGACCACAAGCCCAAAAUUUUAUACCGCUGACAAUAUGUUACAUGCCGAACCGUUCCAGUUCCUUUCUUUCUGAAAGAAAAUGAUUUUCUUAUUUACUUUGCUUUAGCAUUGCAUCUGAAGUAUAAAUAACUCCAAUAAAUAUAAUCGACCGAAACACCAUGCUCAGUCUAAGACAUCUAGCACGAUUUUCAUCUACACGAACGUACAGUCCAUGUAUAACACUGGCAAAACAUUUUCACGACGACUUUACGAAAGAUCCGUCGAAAUUCGAACCCCAACGGAAUGACAAAUUGAGGACAACCACUCCGGCUGUUGCAUCCAAAUUUAAUGUAUAUAGCGACGAAAACGCUCCGGUUAUCUUUGAUGUCGACGAGGAAAGACAACGGAUAUCUGAGGAUAUCGCUGAAACAGAUGAUCUGUUGGACGACGUAUAUGCCGGCUUAAAUUUAGAAAGAGGUGCAACUGGUGUCUUCGAAAUAGAAGAUUUAGUCGAAGUUUUAAGACGUGAGAAUGCAGUAAAUAUCUUCGUUUGUACAGUGCCAAAACAUCUAAAAUAUGUCGACUAUCUCUGCGUCGUCAGUGGUCGCAGUCAUCGGCAUCGAUUAGCGUUGGCUCAAUUCGUUCGGAAACUGUUUAAAAUAAAGAGACACCGCGGCGAUGUGCUGCCGAAAAUUGAAGGUGAAAAGAGUAAAACGUGGAUGGCAUUGGAUCUAGGUAACAUUGCCCUGCACAUAUUGUCGGAAAAUGCGAGACAUCAGUAUGAUAUUGAAUCGCUGUGGAGUGUUGGCCGAGAGUUCGAUCUUGAGUGCAAUAAACCAGCUGAUGAUGUUGUCGAAUUGCUAGAAAAUCACACAUUAUUUUUGAAGGAUUUGAUGCCGAAUACCAGUCCACCCAGCACAUGAACAUUUUGUAUACGUAGGAAAUGUGAAUAAAGAGUAGAAAGGGCAGACA